UUUCUUGGUUUUCAACCCCCAUCUCUCCACUCCUCCUCCGCUCCUCCGCCCAUGGCCGCCGCCACCUGGGUUCCGCCUACCAUUCUCGAGUCCUACGGUUACGCCGACGCAGCUCCCCUCGACAUGCGGUGCUACAUCGCCAACCUUCGCAACCCCACCACCGCCUGGGGCGGCACAAGCAGCGGCUUGCAGAUCCAGGUGACCUUCCGCGCCGCCCGCCCACCGCUCCUCUCCUACCUGUGCGUCCACUGCCCCGGCCUGGAUUUCCUCCACACAGAGCCGAGAGUCGUCGCCACCGACGCCGACCUCGUGCUUCUCCGCGUCCCCAUCAACCUCAACGCGCCCCUGGAUGUACAAUCGUGGGACUACUUCUUAUACAGGUGGCGAGCCCAUCAUCUGGAUCUGCUCCCUAACCCGCACCUCCCGAGCCUCGACGACUCUGCAACCGCCCUUCUCAGCCGCGAACAUGGCGCCUCCUACGCUGUUGCCGCCAUCAGCAGUUGGAGGCCAGUGCACGAGGGCAACAGCGACUCGAUCAUUAGGUGGGAUUUCCUCCUCCACCUGUACCGCUCCUUCGAGUCCAAGGGGUGGAUCACCAUGCCCAUGUCAGUGGAAAAGCUUGUGAGGGACAAGCUUGUCCCGGUACCUUGUGAUGUGAAGGGUGACAUGCUGUAUCACAAGACGACCAAGACAAUCGCAAUUGGCGGUGAGCGUGGUACCAUCGCCUGGGUGGACCUAUGGCGUGGUAUCCUCCUUUGUGAUGUACUCGGUGAGCAACCAGUACUGUUCCAGGACAUACCACUACCCAUACCUGCAAAGGGAAACUGGGGUCGUCUCCUCGAGCAAUGUGAGCCCAACUGUAUCCGUGAUGUUGCCAUCAGUCGGCACAAAGACACUAUCAAGUAUGUCGAGAUGGAAAUCUGGCCACCAAGAAGGCUCAAGACCCGUAAGUCAAGUAUCAUCCAGGUCAUCCCUAGUGGAUGGAAGGCCACAACAUGGAAAAUGGCAUUACCGGUUGGUUCAUUCACGAAUUGGCAGCUUGACUGUGAGGUUGAAAUCAAAGAUGUGACCAUGGAUGCUAUCAACCCAUAUCAUUGCAACCUGCUGUCUAUGCUGAGCGGCAGCAACAGCGACAGUACGCUAACAUUGCAGAAAGUUCCGAUGGCAUACCCUUCCAUAAGCAUGGAUGAUGAUAUUGUCUACUUUGUUUCUAGUACCAGAUCCAGGCGCAUAGGAGAAUUGGAGCUGGUGAUUUCUGUUGAUGUGAGGAACAAAAGCCUGCGAGGAGUAGCCAAGCUUGAUUUCCAAAAGAAAUUCAUUAUAAUGCCUGCCUCCGGCACCAGUGAGAUCUCCCGUUAUCCGAGGCACAAUACAGGCACAUCAGUAGAGCUUAUAGGAACUGAAGAAGAAACUGUUAAGCCAACUGAUAAAGAUCUUGGAACUGAUGAACCAACUAGGGUGCAUGUGCUGGAACCGACCUGUACAAGCCGGCCUGUGCAUAAGAAGGCAUUGAAGAUUUUGGAACUGCUAGAGGCAAGAUCUUGGAGAUGUCCGAUGCAACUUGGUGAACAGAUGGAGGAAGCUGAAAUUGCGACAAAGGAGCUUGCUUAAUUGAUUAAUGGAAAUUAUGCCAAAAAUAGAAUUAUGUGACAUGGCUACUUGAUUUGUGUGCAACAUGUGUUUGAACAGAAGGAGCGCACACGUUUUUGUUUAAUUGUUCUAUUUCUUUGACCAAGCGCCAAUUGUUCUAUUUCUUUGACCAAGCGUCAAUAUUAUCAUGUGUUUGUUAUUUCUUGGUUGAACUAUUUAGAUUUGGAAUGUCAGAGGUGGAAUACUACUUUCA